AUGUCUUUACGUUCAUCAAUUAAAUCCAAAAUCCCGACAGCCACAAAAAUCAUCUCCGUGGUAGCAUCGGUUGCAGCCACUGCAGUGGCGGUUCGCAAAAUAGCCCGUGAUCACUUGCCCCAGGAAUUCCAAGACUAUAUGUAUCUUCGUUUUUGUAAAUUUGCCCAAGGAUUUUCUACAACCUUCACUAUGGUCAUCUACAAAUCCAAUUCGUCUUAUGACAACGAAAUCUACAACGCAGCGGAACUCUAUAUUGCUGCUAAGAUGUCUGAAGAGAUCCAUCGUGUAAAAGUCAUCAAAAACCGUAGACAGAAAUACAUCGUGGUUACGAUGGACAUCAACGAGGAGUUCACUGAUGUUUACAACGGAGUCAAAUUCCAUUGGUCUAAACUAGCUAAGAACAUGCCACAGCUCACGUUUCAUCGUGACCACAAAGAUAUGGUGGUUCACGAAUACUUGCCGUUUAUUAUGAAAGACGCAGAGAUGAGGAAGCUACAACAGAAGAACAUCAAGUUGAUGACGGCCCAUACUCAAAGUUCAAAGUGGGCAUGGAUGGCCGUGAAUCUAGACCAUCCGGCGACAUUUGAGACUCUGGCUAUGGAUUCCGAUACGAAAGAGAUGGUGAUGAAGGAUUUGGAUAGGUUUGUGUAG